AUGCUAGCUCGCACAACUGAGAAGAUGAACGAUCCUUCCCAUGACUACACCGACGCCUUCACUAUCACGAAGUUUGGAUUUCUCCUGCCACCAGUUCCUGGGCAACUUCUUAGUGCUGUUCAAUUCAUGGGCAACUACUACCACGGUGAUGUUCAACUCCUCGUCCGCCGCCGCCCCCUUUCGCCGCCCCCCGAGUCACAGCCAUCCAUGGCAUCAGCUGUGUGGAAAGCCGUGAUUACAUUCAAUGCAAGGGAAUCUCCCUUCUUCCUUAGCUUUGGCGUUGUCGAUGACGCUGCGUGUGGAUUCAGACAGAUAGCGUCUACCAGACAUAGUUCGAGAUUAAGAUCAUUUAUCGAGCUGAAGUCGCGAACCUUGGUAAAAGACCCUCGUAUCAAAACCAUCAGGACCUUCUUCCCAGCCCUUGAAUAG